AUGCCCCGGUUCCUGCAUUGGCCUUUCGAGGUCUUCGCGACGAGUGUCGGUGCCUCCCCCGACGAGGUCAAAAUCAUAUUUUCGUUUCUCAUCUCCUACCCGUUGGCCGGGGUCCUGAAGCGGCUCCCAGACGCCAAGCCCCAGCGCAAAAAUAUAUUCAUCAUAAGCACCUCCAUCUUUUACCUUGUCGGACUGUUCGACCUGUGGCGCGGCCUCGCGAAUCUGCUUGCCAGUGCGGCCGGCACCUUCUGCAUCGCCAAGUACCUUCGGAAGAGCCCCUACAUGCCCUGGAUCGGCUUCGUCUUCCUAAUGUGCCACAUGUCUCUCAGUCACAUCCGGCGCCAAGUUGCCAACAGCCCGUCCACGGUCGAUAUCACGGGAGCCCAGAUGGUCCUAGUCAUGAAGCUCAGCGCUUUCUGCUGGAACGUCGCCGAUGGCCAGCUGCAAGAUGAAUACCUGUCAGACUUCCAGAAGGACCGGGCUCUUCGCGCCCUUCCUUCGGUCCUUGAUUUCGCCGCAUAUGUCCUCUUCUUCCCUGGCCUCCUCGCCGGGCCCGCUUUUGACUACGCAGAGUACCGUCGUUGGAUCGACACGUCCAUGUUCGAUAUGCCUUCCGAAGUCGAACCCGCAAAACGACCUCCUGUGAGGAAGAGGCGCAAGAUACCACGCAGCGGCACUCCUGCUAUGCUCAAGGCCCUAUAUGGUCUGCUCUGGAUCGGCCUGUUUGUUUACUUGUCAUCCACUUUCAGCCCGGAGCAAAUGGUGGCCAAAUCGUACUUGCGGCAUGGCCUCCUCCGCCGCAUUGGAAUAAUGUACAUGGUGAAUCUGGUAGCCAGAUUCAAAUACUACGGCGUAUGGACAUUGGCCGAGGGUUCUUGCAUCCUUGCCGGGCUUGGCUACAACGGGGUCGACCCCGUUACCGGCAAAGUUUCGUGGAAUCGCCUCCAAAACAUCGACCCCUGGAUGGUAGAGACGGCUCAGAACCCACGAGGUUACCUAGCUGGAUGGAACAUGAACACGAACAAUUGGCUGAGGAACUAUGUCUAUCUGCGGGUGACACCUCGCGGCAAGAAGCCGGGCUUCCGUGCCAGCAUGGCCACUUUCGUGACCAGCGCUCUCUGGCACGGCUUUUACCCUGGAUACUACCUGACCUUUAUUCUGGCGAGUUUGAUCCAGACGGCCGCCAAAAACUUCCGCCGCCUUGUCCGUCCCUUUUUCCUGGAUCCCAUUGGUGGCGGAUCAAACCCCUGGAAAAAGUACUACGACGUUGCUAGUUACAUCGCCACUCAGCUGACUUUCUCUUUCGCCACAACUCCCUUCCUCUUACUCGAGUCUAGAGAAUCCGUCCCCUUCUUUGCCUCGCCAGGCAAGGCUGCCUUGAAGGCCGAACUAGAUAAAAGACAAGGCAAGGCGAAUGCCAAGUUGGUGCGGUCCAUUAGCACCGAGAGCCUGACGGGCGGGGAGCCGAUUUUAGGCAUUUCGAAAGAUCUUGAGCAGGACAUGAAUGACGCCAUGAAGGAAAUAAGGGCUGAAGUAGAAGCGCGGCAGCGAAAGAAGGCGCCGUGA